AUGGCUGCUUCCCUUGUCCCUUCUUGCCUACCUUCCCCUGUGCAUUUGCCUGCCUCUUCUCCUACCCUGUGCCAUCUCGCAGCGCGCUCCUAUGAUCCCACAAGUCCCACCCCUUCCAUCACGUCACUGGGUCUCAUCCUAGAUGUGGAUUCUGAACUGCUACCGACAGCCUCACCCGACCUACUUCUCUCCAUGGUAGGGUACAGUGCUCAUGUUGGGCCGGCAGUGGCAAAUCUGGGAUUGCUCUCCAACUCUGCAAUUCCUGUUGUGGGCUCGGAGGGCACCAGUGGUGAGAAGAGGCAACAAGAGGUUGAUGAGGGCAUGGAUGGGUUGAUGAAACACAAGAAGACCAUGAGGGAUGGGGAGCGGCGCAGAGGUGGAAGAGAGGUGGUGGAAGUCCCCCCUGAUGCUCCAGAUUGGGUGCUCCAGUGUCUGGCGCUCUUCCAGGCUGCUGACCUGGCUAUGGUUCUCAAGGAGAACCAAAUGCAGGGCAAGUGGAAAUUGCUCCUGGUUGCCUGGUUGGCCUUUGAGGAGCACCAGGGCUGGGAGGGUACUGGCGCAUUGCCACCAAACUACGCCCAGGUGCUGUCACAACUCGAUGAUAAUAAUGUGGGCCUGCGUAAGGCCUACAAAAUUAUCUACCUUCUCUUUGUUGCCUUCGCGCUCGUUCUUGAACACGACAAGACCGAGCUGUUUCAUUUCUCGCGUCGACGAGACGCCUACAAUCCGUCGCUGGAUUUGGGGUACGCCCCACAUACCGGCGCUACACCCUUGAAGCCCAAGACCUAUUGGAGGUACUUGGGCUUCUACUUUGACCGCGGGCUCACCUUCCAUGAGCACGUUCGCUACUACGCCACCAAGGCGUUCACCACCGUGCAGGCCAUGCGCAUGCUCGGGAACUCUACUAGAGGUCUCUCACCUAAACAGCGCCGCCUCUUAUAUCGGUCGUGUGUGGUUCCCAUUGCCACAUACGGCUAUCGUCUCUGGUAUUUCGAUGGCGCCCGCAACAAGGGUGCGAUGAACCAGUUGAAACGGAUGCAGCGUAAAGCUGCUCUAUGGAUCACGGGUGCCUUCCGCACCUCACCUACAGGCGGUCUUGAGGCUCUAGCGGGCCUCAUUCCUGUCCAUCUUAUGCUGAAGAAGCUGGCAACGCGUGCAGUGUAUCGCGUCGCCACCCUCUCAGACACUCACCCCCUUCGCUCUAUGAUGGGCGAGGGACUUCUCAAGCGAGCUGCACCACACGCUCGCUCUGCCGCCUUGAUGACCCCAGCCAUGCGGGGGAAAGUCAAGAGCACUGUCAUGGAAGUGGACGAGCGCGUCCACACCUUAACUGAGAGCUUCGAACCUUUUGCGCCCGAAGCUCGCCCAGGGGAUCGGUUACUGGACCGCUAUGCAGACCGUAUCCACCUUGACGAGCGCGAUCCUACCCAGGAUAGGCGCCCAUAUCUAGACGAGCUCAUCGCGAGAGCGAGGGCCGACCCACUAACAGUACUGGCUGCAACUGAUGGCUCUGUCCCUCAGUCCAACCAGUAUCAGGCGGCUUCAGCUGCUAUAAUCUACAAGGGACAUCGCGAGCUCGAGAGGACUCGUUAUGUCUCUGGCAGAGUUACCGCCCCAGAUGCGGAACUUAAUGCCAUCUCGUGUGCAGUGCGCCUUGCUGUCAAGCAGGCAAACUGCCAGCAUAUUAUGGUCUUCACUGACUCUAUGGGCUCAGCCCAUAGAGCGGUUGACCCCGGCGUGCAUUCUGGUCAGGCUUUUAGUCUGUCAGUAUGUUGCGCUCUUCAAGAGUGGUUUGAGGCGGAUGAUCUCCAUCGCAUUACCUUCGUCUACGUCCCUUCCGCUAUGCGGUGGGAUAUCCAUGGUGAAGCACACAAGUACGUCACCGAACUCAAAGUCAGGGUUGGGCGUCGCAAGACGGACAACUCCAUAGACGCGCUUCGCUCUCGAGCUGCGCACUCAGUCUUGGAUUCGUGGAGUUCCACUUUCCAAGAUCCAACCUACCGAGGCUCUGAAUUCCUAGAGCUUCAACAGCCUGACGGGCGGCCGCUACAGCCAUCGUACCUCAAUGGGGGACCUUGGCUUUCAACCUUCGGACACAGUAUCACUGAGUUCGCCCGCGUUUGCCGGUGUAUAACUGGCCACGCCCAUUGGAGCGUACUACCGACGCUUCAAGAUCAAUGA